AAUUUCAUUAACAUUUAAGUAGAUAAAAAAAAAAUCAAAAUAGUGUAUCGACAAUUCGACAUGUAUGCAAAGUUGGGAGUCUGGGACAUAAGGAAAUACAUAAGACGCGAAAGAGUAACUUUUAAAAGUAAUUUCUUUCCCCUCUCCGCCUCCCUCCUUUUUGUCUCUCCAUUCGCUUCAAUUAAACAAACAACUCCUCUACCAAAUUUUUUUAAAAAUAAAAAUAGAGUAUCACUCAAACCAAGCAAUGAUGGAAAAAGAAGCAAAAAAGGAAGCCUUUAGGAAGUAUUUAGAGUCUAGUGGCGCUAUUGAUUCUCUAACUAAAGUUCUUGUUGCAUUGUAUGAGCAAGAUAACAAGCCUUCCUCUGCUAUAGAAUUUGUGCAACAAAAAUUAGGGGGACCUACUGUUGCUGAAUAUGAGAAACUUCAGGCUGAGAUGUCAGAGCUGCAGGUAAAAUACAAGGAGCUUUUGGCCACCCAUCAAGAGACUUGUAAGCAGUUAGAACAGUACAAAAUUUCUUCCACCAUAACCACCUCAGAGGAAACCAUUGAAGAUAAGUCUCAGAAGGUGAAUCAUGAAGAUGACAACGAAGAAGCAGUACACUAGACUAAGAUGAAUCCGGCUUUCUGAUAUUAAGGAUUUGAGUGAAGGCUUAUAUAGCUUUCUGAUAUAAAGGAUUUGAGUGAAGGCUUAUAUAGCUUUCUGAUUCUUGUUUUUGUUGCUCUGUGACCAUCUGCAGUAAUUAGGUUUCCCUCAAUAUUUGAGAGAAUGUACCAUAUGCAAGAUAAGUCAAAUAUUUAGUACCAUUACACUUUCAAAGCUUCGAUUGAUAAAAUACUUCUUAAAAUUAUACUUUAAAAGUUAUGUUGUAAAAAAAAAAAAAAAGGUGGAUAUAUUAAAAGUUUAAUAGUACUAAAAAAGAUGUUGAAAUGGUCAUAUUCAAAUGUUACAACUAGUGACUCUAUUCUGUCAAUCUCUUUCGUUGUGGUCUCCUUCCUCUAAGUGUCCCAACCCAUGUAAACACUAUGGCAAGAUAAGACACUGAUGAUCAAGUGCACACAUCAGUCGAGCUCGUCGCCCUCAUUCAGUUUGAGAUCCUCCGCUACAAGGUGUUUGAACUUAUCCUCCUGCAUGCUGCACCGCAAGAGCUGGAUUGUUAUUGGACUAAUUGGCGAAAGAAACGGUUACAAGAGAGAAACUUUCAUUCCUCUACCAUGAGUAGUUGAUAUCAACUAUUCAAGUAUUCUUGUCAAGUUGUAAUACUAAAAUCAGCAACUAGAAAUGUCAAAAUAUUCCAAAAUUUGAUACCAAGUAAUUGAUAUUUUUUGUAAAAUGUACAAAAGUUAAUAUGAAAUAUCUAAAUUUGUAUUUAUUACAUUGUGAAUAUGAACUCUCACAAUAUCUUGUUUUUUUUUUUUUUUCAAAUGCUUCCACGUCGGUUUUUAUUUUUCGAAAACUUUCUCAUUGAGUCAUUGUCUAUUUGUCUAGAUAGUUAGAAUUAUUUUUUCUAAUAAAAUUAAGUGGCCUAUCUUUUCAGUUCACUUCACCUUA